CUCUCCCUCCGAGCAUUGCAGUUACUGUAACGAAGUUUUUGUACGGGGCAUGCCACCGUCUCUCCUUGUAUCUGUUUCCUGUUUUAGAUAAUCUCCACCUUUCGUAUUCUUGUUUUCGCGGUUCACCGCUGCUACUGCCUGGGACCUGCCCGUGAGAUCCAGAAAUGUUCCAUAGAUGAGCUCCUUUUUUCCCAAAGUUCGGAGGGUGCUCUAUGAUGGCUUUUUAUAGGCACAGUAGCGACAUGUUAACGGAGAGAAGAGGUAUACUUGGCAUGAUUUUUAAGUCUCUUGAUCAAAGUGAGCAUGGUUUUCGGGUUGUUCGUAGAGGAAGAAGGUUUUGUCGGAUAACUAGACAAAGACUCUCACGCUGGGUCUUUGUGCUUGCAUUGCUCUUCCUAAUUUAUUUGGUCCUUUCUGGCAUACAAAUGCUAUUUCAUGAUAAUUUGGAAGAUAGCAUUUCAUUGUCACAAGAAGUACAAGAACAACUUUUGGGGUAUAAUGCUCCAAAACCACCGAAAAGCAAGAAUCGUAGGCAGCAUUUUCCUUGCGAAAUUGGGCUUGUCAAAUCAGUGGAUGAUCUUGUUGAACCCAAGGAUCUUAUGAACUUCACCCAGUUUUCACUAGAGUACAUUGAAAAAGAGGAAAUAUUACCUGAUAAUUAUUUUGAACCUAGAUUUGGAGGACAUCAGACUCUCCCAGAAAGAGAGAAAUCCUUCUAUGCUAGAAAUCAGACACUUCAUUGUGGUUUUGUAAAUGGACCACCUGGGUACUCGAGCACAGGAUUUGAUUUAAAUGAGAAAGACAAGGCAUACAUGUAUACAUGUAAGGUUGUAGUAUCUUCUUGCAUUUUUGGGAGCUCCGACUUUUUGAGGAGGCCCACACGCAGACUGAUCAGUGAAUAUUCCAAGAAAAAUGUUUGUUUUGUUAUGUUUGUCGAUGAGCAAACAUUAUUAAAACUGUCAUCAGAAGGUAAUACUCCUGAUGACGGCGGAUAUAUCGGCUUAUGGAAAAUCAUUGUUGUGAGGAACUUGCCAUAUAAGGAUAUGCGGAAAACUGGAAAGGUGCCAAAGUUUUUGCCACAUCGCCUCUUCCCUUCUUCUAGGUACUCGAUUUGGCUUGACAGCAAGAUGCGACUUCAGAGUGAUCCAAUGUUGAUUAUUGAGUACUUUUUGUGGCGAACAAAAUCAGAAUAUGCCAUUUCAAAUCAUUAUGAUCGCCACUGUGUCUGGGAGGAGGUACUCCAAAAUAAGCGUCUAAAUAAGUACAAUCACACGGCCAUUGAUGAACAGUUUACUUUUUAUCAGUCUGAUGGUCUCACCAAGUUUGAUCCUUCAGACCCAAAUACUCCUCUUCCAAGUUUUGUUCCUGAAGGUUCCUUUAUAGUACGGGCACAUACACCAAUGUCAAAUUUGUUUUCUUGUCUUUGGUUCAAUGAAGUCAACCGAUUCACCUCACGUGAUCAGCUAAGCUUUGCAUAUACUUACUUGAAACUGAGAAGAAUGAAUCCCACUAGACCAUUUUACCUAAAUAUGUUUAAGGACUGUGAGCGCAGAGCUCUCGCAAAGCUAUUUCGGCAUAGGGCUGUGCCAUCUCCUCCACCUGCUUCUUUGGUCAAUUGAGAUUAUUUUAAGGUUUAUACUUGGUAAGUUUAAGUUGAUUUCCAUUUCUUUUUGUUAUUCUGAUUUAUUCUGUUCAUAUUUUCAUUCGUUGCCUCAGCUUGAUCGCCUUCAAAUGCCAUAGAAAGUUUUGUAUUUCAAUUAUGUUAUUUGCAACCUCUAUGAAUGAACAAGCAAAAUUAUUUUAAACUCACGCUAGGAAUCAGCACAGUGGAUUUUGGUGAAGUCUCAAGUAUUAUCUUUAGAAUGGAUUCUAACUUGCCACCAUAUUCUUAUAGCGAGAGGGUUGGGUUGCUUAAACUUGGUUGGUAAUGGAAAGUCCAACCUGGAUCUCUUUUGCUGUAUGUUACCCCCCAUCUCAUGACUACAAUUAUGUGACCUUUUAACCAUACGCCCCCACUAUGUGAAAGCAGCGCAGCAAACAGUGAUUAUCACCCUGCUCUGUUGUAUAAAUGAGGAUACCUUGAGUUGGAUAUCAUGAUUGGCCAGGUUUAAGUCAAUUACAUUUACUUGAGAACUGUAGAUUUCUUGACCAAUUAUCUAGCAAUGUGACAAACUGAGUCUAGUUCAUGAGGGGUGUUGUAACGGUUUGUUUGAUUCUGAUGACCUCAUUUGUGCACUUGCACCUUUGCUCUCUUAUGUUAAAUCAAGAAAGUUUCUUGCCAAAACCGGCUAGCAGAACAUUGAAACUCAUAUGCCAUUCAAAAGCAGAUAUGUACAGUGAGACGAAAGUGCUAAAAGAAGAUGCCUAGAAUCAUGCAAUCCCAUUAUUUCACUACAUAAGAACCAAUGUUGUAAAACGUGGUUGCUGGCACAUCCCACAUCCAAGUUAUGUAGCACUGAGCUUGAAGGUAAUGGGUUUGAAGCUUGCUAUAGCUCCCCCCCUCUUCCUCACUUUCCAGAAAGAACCAUGUUGCAAGCUGAACCAGAACCAAGCCAUAAUCUGUUGGUUCUCCCAUUGGUCGGGUGGACUUCUUAUAGUUUCAGUUAGUGAUUGUUUUGAGAUUUCAGUUCACAUGUUACAAACGAACUAUAUUGCCAAAACCUGCUAGGCAGUGAAAUAUCCAAAGUCACCGGGCGUGCUUCAAUUUAAGAUGUCUAGAAGCAUGCAAUUGCUUUUUUUCAUUGUGUAGGAACCACAUUCAUUACUUCAUCGAAUAAUCUUGUGAAAAAUGGUGACCUUUAGGGAGUGCAAGAAGUUGGAGAGCCUCUCUGUAAUCAACAUAGACUGGGCAACAUACGGGAGUUUUUUAUAUGGUGUGUAUGGUCGAGAAGGCCAGAUGGGUGCAUUAGGACAUUCAUUUUUUUGUCUAGUCAACAUAAUUGGAGUAAUUAUUAAGUAAUUUUAGAAUACAUGGUGCUUCUAUCCUAUUAAAGUAUGACGUGUCAUUGAAAAUGUAAGCAACUUUAAUAACAUGGUAUUAUUUUGUUUGGAAGAGAGUAUCAUGUCUAUACUCCUUAAGCGCUUGAUAAUUUUCC